AACUCCCAGCAGAGACCUGAGAGCUACCGUCAGCCCACGUCCCCCAAAGGUAAGAGCAGAUCAUUCCGCUCUGUGCCCCCGUUCCAGACCGUUCCGCUCUGUGCCCACGUUCCAGACCGUUCCGCUCUGUGCCCCCGUUCCAGACCGUUCCGCUCUGUGCCCACGUUCCAGACCAUUCUGCUCUGUGCCCCCGUUCCAGACCGUUCCGCUCUGUGCCCACGUUCCAGACCGUUCCGCUCUGUGCCCACGUUCCAGACCGUUCCGCUCUGUGCCCACGUUCCAGACCGCUCCACUCUGUGCCCACGUUCCGGAUCCCUCUGCUGUGUGCCCACGUUCCGGAUCCCUCUGCUGUGUGCCCACGUUCCAGACCAUUCCGCUCUGUGCCCACGUUCCGGAUCCCUCUGCUGUGUGCCCACGUUCCAGACCGCUCCGCUCUGUGCCCACGUUCCGGAUCUCUCUGCUGUGUGCCCAGACUGCAGACAUGCGCUUUGGUGGCCUGGUCUUCCUCCUGCUCCUCGCCUGCAUCUACCUCACGCUGGCACAAGGCUCCUAUGAGGAUUGCUGUCUGAAGUAUGCCAAAUUUGUCCCCAAGAAGAUCUACCGUAUGGCUGCGGCAUACCGGCUACAAGAGACCGACGGUGGCUGCAACAUCCCGGCGAUCGUGUUCACCUUGAGAAGGGGCAGGAUGUUCUGUGCUGACCCCAGUCACCGCUGGGCGGUGGACCUGAUAAAGAGGAUCAACAGUCGCAAGCACCUUAAAAAGCAGAUGAGGCAGGGCUAAGCUGCAUGGAGAGCCCCUCCCCCACCCUCUCUGCCCUCAGUCCCAGCAGAGCUCGGUGUUGGAUAGCGACAUGUCUGACACUGGCAAUCACGCUUUCACUGAUAUCAGAACAGCCUGCUCCCAUCCCAGAGAGGGGGGCCAUCAUCUAAUUCCAGAUCCCAGAACAGCCCACCCAGCUGCUCAGCACCGCCCACCCGCCUGCCAGCUCCACUCACCUGCCUGCCAGCCCAGCCAAACCGCCCCGCCCACCCACCCACCCACCCACCUGCCAGCCCUGCCCACCUGCCUGCCUGCCCCACCCACCGCAUGCUAAACCCUGCCCUCAUUUCUACUCAGCCCCUCCCACCUAGUCAGCCUCACCCAUCCACCCUCGCUGCCUGAUCCCUCUCACCUCGUGCCACGGCCGCUGAGCACCCUGGGAAACAGUGCAGAAUACCCGUUAUCCAUUACAUUACAUUACAUUACAUUAUCUUACACUACAUUACAUUACAUUACAUUACCUUACACUACAUUACAUUACAUUACCUUACACUACAUUACAUUACAUUACACUACAUUACAUUACAUUACCUUACACUACAUUACAUUACAUUACACUACAUUACAUUACAUUACCUUACACUACAUCACAUUACCUCACACUACAUUAUAUUACAUUACAUUACAGGAAUUUAGCAGACGUUCUUAUCCAGAGCAACUUACACAGCGUUUACAUUGCAUCCAUUUAUACAGCUGGAUAUAUACUGAAGCAAUGCAGGUUAAGUACCUUGCUCAAGGGUACAACGGCAGUGCCCUAGUGGGGAAUCGAACCUGCAACCUUUUGGUUACAAGCCCAGCUCCUUGACAGCAGGUAGACCGUCCCGCUCCUUCUGGCAUGCAGCGGUCUGAGGGGGAGGUGUGGGAGGAGCUGCAGGUCACAUGGUUUGCUUUAAAGCUUUAAGCAGAAUCCUGGGGUUUAGCAGGAUAGCUCAGUCUCAUGUCUCUUUACAAAUCUCUCCAUUUGCUGAUCGUCUCUGUGUUUUACUUCUGUUUAUUUUUUUACAAGACAAUUCUAAUCCAAGAUCCAAAAUUCCACAUUCACAGAAUUAUUUUUUGCAGCAUGAACAGAAAAAAAGAAUGCAAAGAUGUUUUUUUAUGUUGUUGUCUGAAUGGCUGAAUUGAGGUGUUUAUGCAGAAGUGUUGAAGGCAGUUUCGUUCAGACCCAAGGUUUGAUGGGUGCGCUCAUGAUCUGUGUAGAGUUAUGAAGCUUAACGCUGAUUUACUGAGCCACUUUAUGACAGAUUUAUUAUACAGUUUUUCAUUAAGGUACUGCAUGACUCUGUAUUUUAUGUUGCUUUUGUUUGCUUUUUUUAUCAGUGGUUUUACUGCAGGUACAUUAUGUUUGCCACCUGAUAAGCAUGUGGUUCUGUAUUAUGUAUUUCUGAACCUAAUUGUUUUACAACUGCGCUUUAUGAUCAAUAAAACCAUGAACUGAGUGCCCUCUCA